CUCUCCGGUCCCUUCAGCCCGCUCACUCCGCUGCUGCACCGCCGGGACACCGGCAGACACCGCCCGGUCAACUCGCCCGCGGAUCGAUCGACCGACCGGCCGUCGCGGAUGAUCGAUGAGCGGAGCCGAGAGGCGCGCGCCCGGGAUCCUCCGUCCUCGUGGUCCGCGGCUCUGCAGGUGCAAGAGGAGCCCGGACGAGUCUGCCGCUUUAUCUCACCACGUCAUACGUGUUUCAUCCGCAGCCAUGACGUCAUCUGACGCGUUUGCGACGGACGUCCUGUGGCGCUCGCCUCCGGCGUCGGUCUCUGCGGCGGUUUGACCGGUUCCGCCGGUUCCGCCGGUCCGGUGAGAGGAGGCGGCAGCUGCCGCAGUUUGAUCCGGGCGCACAAUGUCCUCGGGGAGUCUGGACGAGCUGCCCAUGGAGAGCUGGAUGUCUCACCUGCCGCGCGCCCUGUGGGACACGCCCCUGUACCACCUGGCCAUCCCAGGCAGCCACAACGCAAUAACCUACUGUCUGGAUAUGAAUGACCGAUCCCCAGUGGACCUCACGCAGCCAGACCUGCUGCAGAAGCUGGACAAAUACAUGAAGCCUCUCAUUCGCCCCUUUGUGUACAAGUGGGCGGUGACCCAGGAGCGCACCAUAAGGCAGCAGCUGGACUCGGGCGUCCGAUACUGCGACCUGAGAAUCGCGCGCAGGCCCAACGACAGCUCCGGCGACCUGUGCUUCUACCACGGCGUUUACACCGCGCUCACUGUGGAGACGGUUCUAAUGGAGAUCAGAGAGUGGCUGGACGCUCACCCUAAAGAGGUGCUCAUCCUCUCCUUCAGCCACUUCCUGGGCCUGAGCCAGGAGCUCCACGCGCUGCUGCUCGCCACCAUCCGCAACGCGUUCACCUCCAAGCUCUGCCCCAAGACGGAGGAGUUAACUCUCCGGAACCUGUGGGCUUCGGGCUACAACGUGAUUGUGUCCUACGAACACAACAUCUGCAGUUGCCACGGCGACCUGUGGCCCCACAUCCCGUACUGGUGGGCCAACAAGUGCAAAGCGGAGGCGCUCAUCGAGGACUUCGAGCACAGGAAGCAGCACGGCCGACCGGGAGGUUUCUUCGUGACAGGCAUCAACCUGACGGAGGACCUGAAGUACAUCUGCACGCACCCCACCGAGUCCCUGAAGGACCUGGUGACGUCCACGUACCCGGCGCUGCUCAGCUGGGUCCGGGACCAGACGCCCGGCCCCCGGGUCGGCUCGCUCAACAUCAUCGCCGGGGACUUUGUCACCGAGAGCCCGUUCGCGCGGACCGUCGUGACGCUCAACCAGAAGCUACUGAAUCCGUCCUCGUGACUUUUCACCUAUUGGAAGAAGUGAAUCACAGCAUGAGCUUGUUUUGUGGCGGGAAAAAGUACUUGAAUUAUUACUUUGAAUUUCCUACAUGCACUUAUCUGGAGGCAGUGAAAUGUAUAUUUCAGUUUUUGGAAAUAGACCUUUUGGGGUUAUUUCGACCUGCACUGUUUACAUUGAGUUCACUAUUUAUGCAACGUCCUGUAUGACUCAUUGUCACGGUGACUAGCAAUAAUAACAACUAACAUCUCACCUGGACAUUUUAAAAGAGGAAAGCACAAGCGAUGUAUCCAAUGAGCACAUACGAUUGUAAUGUACAUUCUUUCUCACCUAUAUACACGUAUUAAUCUGUAGAGAAUGUAGCGAGAAAACGUCAAACUUAUGCAAAAAAUGCAUGGACUUGUUAUCUGCAUGAACCCGCCCGGGGCUUUUCCUUCUAAUAUUGACCUUUGGAGCAGUGCCGCACCGCUGUGCCUGAGGGGGCGCUUUCCCACUAACAGUGAGCCUCACUUUGUCAUGGGACCAUAUGGUUACAGUGGCCCAUGCAGUGAUAAUCACCCCUCAAAUCACAGAGAUCCACUUGAAAAAGCACAUUUUUCAUUUGAUCCUGUCGUUUGUUGGUGAAAAUGCUCUUUGUGAAAAACCAACACUAUUAAAUAAGAUAAUCAAUGGGACCGAUUACUGGCACACGCUCCCUUUGAAUCAGUAACCAGAAUGACUCAGUUAACUAGUUACCUAAAGAAGCUUGUUAUUAUUUACCCAGUUGCCAAAUAAAUCUUUUUUUUUUAUCGUCA